AACCGAUUUUUGGCUAUAAAGUCUACUUUUUACUUUCCCGACUUGUUUUUAGACGCACCUAGAUCAAUAUACCAAUUGGCCUUAGGUUAAAACUAAGAGUAUAUUGUCAAAAAUCAAUAUGAUAUAAAAUACGAAAUAUCUAUUAAAAAAUAGAGGUAAUAGUAUAUUUUCCCCCUAUUUCUUAAUUCUUCCCCCUCGACCCCUUUUGGCUACGAAGUUGUUGGAUGUGUUUUAGUACACAAUACACACGUUAUAGGUGGUAGACAAGAAGGCCAUUUAAUAGGUCUCCCAUCCUUGAAUUCUAUCACUAUUUCAUCUAUUAUAAAUCCCACCUAGCUCAAAGUGUCACUCCUCACUAAACUACUUACUAUAUAGUAUACACUACAUCUUUAUACUAUAUAGUUUUUAUUUUCUCACAAGUUAAUUGAUUGAGUAUAGCAAUGAUGCAUAGUGCUUCUUCCCUCAAUGCUAUGUUGUACAUUGCAACAUUGUUGAUAGGUUUGGUUUCAACAAAGGUUGAAGCUCAAAGAGCCUUCUUUGUGUUCGGAGACUCGCUCGUCGAUAAUGGCAACAACAACUUCUUGGCCACUACCGCGAGGGCUGAUAGGCCGCCGUAUGGGAUCGACUCGUCCAACGGCCCCACUGGCCGCUUCUCUAACGGCCUCAACAUUGUUGAUCUCAUUUGCGAAGAAAUUGGAACACAACCAUUAUUGCCCUACUUGGACCCUCGGCUUACGGGAGAUGCACUACUAGUCGGCGCAAACUUUGCUUCCGCCGGAGUUGGAGUUCUUGAUGACACCGGCAUUCAAUUUGUGAAUAUAAUUAGGAUACGUCAUCAAUUGGAGUUGUUUGAGCAGUACCAACAACGAUUAGCCGCACUAAUUGGAGAAGAUGAAGCACAAAACCGAGUGGAAGGAGCCCUUACACUAAUCACACUUGGUGGUAAUGACUUUAUUAACAACUACUUCGUUCUUCCGAUCACUGCUAGGCGUAUUCAAUUCCCCAAUCUUCAAGACUAUGUCAAUUUUGUCGUCUCCCGGUACCGAAUUUACUUAAGGAGUAUGUAUGACUUAGGACUAAGAAGAGUAUUGGUUACCGGAACCGGACCGCUAGGAUGUGUACCCGGUGUGUUAGCCUCACAGGGGAGUCAAAACGGAGAAUGCGCCGCGCUACCGAACCAAGCCGACGCCCUUUUUAACCCGGCGCUAACGCAAAUGCUUCAAGACUUAAACAGCGAAAUUGGAGAAGAUGUUUUUGUUGCCUCUAACACCGGCGGAAUGUUAGAAAAUUUUCUCGCUAACCCUCAAGCCUACGGGUUCGAAACAUCAAAGAUAGCAUGUUGUGGGCAAGGACCCUACAAUGGUCUAGGACUAUGCACAACUUUAUCAAACAUAUGCCCCGAUAGAAAUGUCUAUGCAUUUUGGGAUGCUUACCACCCUACUGAGAGAGCUAACAGGUUCAUUGUCCAGCAAAUGAUGAUCGGUUCGGUUGACCAUAUGAGCCCUAUGAACCUUAGCACCAUCAUGGCUAAGGAUUCCACUCGAACUUAAUUAAUUAAGGUUGUUAAUUUCUUGUUAUUAGAUCAAUUGAUAUGUAUUGAUUGUCACUCCUAGCUAUAUGUGCUUUUGGUACUAUAUAUAUUAUUCCAAGUGUAAUCUAUCACAAAUCAUUUAGGUUGCAAAUUAAAGUUAGGGUGAGUUAAGUGGCUUUAAAUAGCUGUUUAUUGCAUUGUUUGAAACUUCUUCAUGGAUUAACGAAAUAAUAAGGCAUGUAAUGUCAACUUUUCUCAA